AUGUAUUCGCAAAAAAGGUCCUAUGGUAAUACUCUUGAAGAAUCAGAAGAUACACAGUUUAACAAGAGCUAGAGGCAACUUAACUAAAACAUGUUUGAUGAAGAACCAAUGUUCGAUAAUACGACAGAAAAACAUCAGAACUAUGUCAAAGCUCCGUCUAGAUUACAGUCAUCCGUUUAUCCUGGAAAGUCUAGAAAAAGGGAUUAUAAGACAUCACAACGCCCCCCUUUAAAGGAUUCAUUGCAACAAUCAGGUAGAAACGAGCAUCAUGGUUACACGUCUUCAAAUGAAACCAUCGACAAAUGUACAAGGCAUGGAUACGGAAAUGUUUAUAAAUCAGAAGAAAAUUGGCCAAGCAAUGAAAAUGACCUGGUCAAUGAUAACAAUCAUUACAUUGUUGGCGCGUUUUCCAGUGUUAUUUACGGACAUGGUGACAAGUUUCGAACAUACAGUGAGUUUGACAGAAGUUCGGUGAUUUCAGAGAGGUCGGACGGUUUUCUGUACGAGCUCCAGCCGUGGAAGGAUAAAGUUACUGGUGGUACAUUCAGAAAGGAGUAUUUAGACAAAAAAAAAUUACGGGCCACUCUUCAACGUGAUAGCAGCAUUUCCUUACAGAAUGUGCGCAGAAUCGAGUGUAUUGAAAAUCGUAGUGUAGAAACACAGACGCAGGAUCCUUAUACUAACGUAGAAAGAAAUGACAAAAAGACAAUCAAGACAGGCCUCGUUGUUAUAUUGGGUAUUCUGUUAAUUGCAUGCAUAGCGGGAGUCUUAACCUGGUUUCUGGCCAAAAAAGGAGAUGAUGAAUUUUCUGUCAAAUAUUAUAUUGUAUGUGGUGAAAUGGCUCUUGAACACGAGUUCUAUCCUGAACUAUCUAAUUCAUCGUCAAAGAAAUUCAAAGAUCUGGUCAUACAGUUUUGUGGCGCCAUAACAGACGCCCUUGGGAAAAAUAACACAGAGUAUGGUCAUCUCUACAGACAUUGUGAUGUUACAAAGUUCAUGAAUGGAAGCAUCGUAGCUCAGUACAAGUUAUAUUACCAGUAUGAUGAAAUUCCAAUUACCAAAGAGAAAGUCUAUCAAGAUCUUAAAGACUCUCUGACAGACAUUGAUUCCAGCCUCGCAAAUUUCUCGGACUUUGUAAUCAUAAAGGCAAGUGUGAGUUUUCUUGUAGAAGUUCAGACAUUCCAAACAGAUCCGCUCGUAACCGGUGUGCCAUUAAUUACACAAGCAACAGCAACAACAGUUACAGAACGAAAAACAACAGCAAUGUCUAGCAACUUAACAACUUUGCUUACAGAGAGUACCACAACAGCAUUAACAACAGAAUACACAACUGAAAGUAUCCCGACAACACUAGCAUCAGAAAUUACGACUGAGAGUGACCUUUCAACCUUUACAACAGAGGAUACGACUGAAGAUACCCAAUCAUCACUGAUAACAGAAGUUCCGACAAAGGACACAACUUAUACCCAUUCAACAGAGGCCAGGAUCGAAACAUCUCAAAGUUACACUGAAACAGUUACGGAUCAGACUUCCACAGCACUAAACACACGUGAAGAUUCCACCCCGAUAGACACAACAGAAUACCAAACAGCGUCAAAAACAAUGGUUACAUCAGAAUAUCCCACGACAUCAGCACCAGCAUACACCACUAAAAGAUUUGCACAAACAACAACUAUGAACAAUACAGAAAUAUCAAUACCAAUAACAACAUUAACAAACUUUGAGACAAGUGAAAGUUUAGAAAAGACAUCAACAACCCUCUUAGUGACGACUACUUCCGCAGAAUAUUCAGCAGAUAUUGUGGUUUCACCUAUUAUUGCCAUAUAUGGAGAAAUCACUACGACAGAGACGUGUGUCGUGUCUCCUCAUGGAGAUUGGGUCCAUGUCACCGUAUCGGUAGAGAAUCGGGACACAUCAUAUGUCAUCGGGAAGUUCCACAGUAACAGAACUUUUGGAGAACCAGCUUCCUUGGAUAGAUUUAAUGCCAGCAUAUCCAGUACAGACACUGAAAUUGUAGUUUAUCUGUCAUUGGAUCUACAGGCACCAACUACUGACAUGUGCCUUUGGGACGGAAUAUUCACCUUUUCUUGUUCCAUAACAAUGAAUGACACGAUUCCAACACGUGUGUACAAUGGCAGCCAGAUUUUUAUAACUGCUCCUAUAUCUGAUGUCACGAUUGAUUCCAACGUACACUACAAUGAGGGUGAUAAAAUGACAUUCAACUGCUCAAGCAAAGGGGACCCCAAUCACAGUAUAGUGUACACAGAGUUGGUCAACGGCUCCACAGUUCUUCAAACAAUACCAGGACCAGAUUUUUCAUCGGGCUAUAAUUAUACUUCGGACAACAACUGCCUUGCUGACAUUCAGUGGUCAGGUGAUUCCCCAAAUCCCCUAACAACAGAUCAAAAUGACGUCAUUGUCCGAUGCACAGUGAAGAAUACUUUGCUGAAUGAGAUUAGAACUUCCGAAAAACGACUGAACGUUUCCGUUGUUGAACUGCACAGUGUCUCGUAAAAUACUCUUUGAAUGAGUUUUUAUGGCGUCGAGCGAAGCUCGAAAGCCAUUUAGGGAUCGUACGUCCGGAAGUUGCAAAUUUUAAGGAGCCAAACAACUCAAAUGAGUGCAAAGUUUUCUUAUGUGUUUGAAGAAAAAUAGAUGACAUACUUCAUCGAGCAGAACUGUACGUCAACAAAACAAGUUGGCAGAUACGAAAUGGUUGAUGUCUUUGAAAAUGUUCAUAUUUUAUUUUAAACAAUAUGUCUGGGUUUCAGCGGACGAAUACACUUGCACUGAAACACAUGCGAUAGUUAGGCCUACAUACGUACAUACUCAAUUUGGUUAUGAAAUAUACCAGCCUGUAAAACAGAUUAUUUUGUAUCCAUAUCGAAUAUUGACAAUGCACAAAUGUUUGAUCUUUUAGAAACAAAACUUCCAACAUCGAGCGAUAAUUAUAUCUACAACCAAAAGUUAUUUUAAACCAACUAGUGAACUACUUUCACUUUGUAAACAACGUGAAUGGGUGCUUUCUUUUAUCUACCUCUGAUCUUUUCGGCCCGUGUCAUUUGGACCCAUGUUAAUUUUAAAUCAAAUUGAUAGUAAGAUACAGAGUGUUUAUCAGCAGUAUAAAAUAUAUAGAACUAAACACAAUCAUAAUUAUAAUAUUUAAUUCUAUAUAAAUAGAAAAAAAAAAUCUAAAAUAAACUUAGAUUUUUAAUUAACAUUCAAAACGUUUAAAGAAUUAGGUGAGUCAAUUUGUAAUGAAUGGUAAUGUAGUUAUAAUUAGUUAAGUGAUAAAAAUAUAAUUAAUGUAUUUGUCUUUAUAUUUGUUUUUAAAGGGUAAGUAUGAUUGAUACCAAUUUCUAAAUGAAUGGUCAAUAACCAAAUCAGGAUGGUUUUUGAAAAUAUAAAAAAAAAUCACACUCAAUUUUAAUAUUUCUAUUAUUUUAGUUGACUGCAUGAAAUCUAUAUCAAACUUCAUUUUUUGUUAAAUUGACCGCCCAACUCAAUUUUUAUAAAAUUAAUCUCCAGUAAAACAACAAAAAAAGUUGGUCUCAUAUUAAGUACACACAUAACUAAGAGUUACAGAAUCAUACUUUGUUUUAAGGAUUUUUUGUUAAUCUACAGUACCUAUGUGUACAUUUGAUCAAUGAAGGAGAACCAUAGAUAACACAAAUAAAAAAAUAUGCAUUUUUGUAAAAGUGGAGAAUAUUUUGACUUUUAAAAAAAAAUUAUUUAGGUUUUUAUUCCUCUAAUUAACUUUAACUCGACGCCAUUGUGGCCCUUCAGGCCUUUGAUUUAUCAAUAAAUUUGAUUCGGGUGAAUUUUCAAGUCUACAAUAAAUUUUACAUUUGUAUAUUCUAUAUGCAAUAAAUGACAAAAAAAUUAUAUAAUUUGGUGACCUGUGUUUCUUCCAGGUAGUACCCCACAACAAUAUGUUUCUAAUUAAUAUCAACAUUUAAGCACUCGCUUGCCGCUUUCCAAUUUUGUUUUACAUUAACACAAUCAAAAAUAAGGUGUUUCGAAUUUUCAAUUUCGUUAUAUUGUUUGCAUUUAGCAGUGAUAUUUUUAUUCCAUUUGCUCACUAAAAGACUAUUAUUACAUAACAGAUUGUUCAGUAGUUUGUAAUUAAACUCUGCUAAGGCUUUGUCUUUAAUAUUUUUAUUUUUCUGUGUGUAUAUUGAUUUCCAUACAUUUUUGCUUUCCAACUUAAAUUCUUUUUCUAAUAUAGAUUGUGUGCAAGGUGCUUGAAAUUUACGUUUUAUCAAUCUUGAAUAAAAAGUUUUGGUGUUAUGUUAAUGGGAAAUUAUUGGUAUUUGUUUUGUUUGUAAGAAUGGAAUUUUUGAAAAAUCAUAUUUGAGGUCAAAUUUGGUAAAAAUUUGUUUUAUUAUUUUGUAUUCACAUAGCCAGUUUGUUCUUUUGCGCAAUGUAUCGAAUAUGUCCGACGAACUUUUUAAAGUUCCAUUCUCUUCAAAAAUAUCCUUUACAUAUAGAAUUCCACUUUUAAUCCAAUUUUCAAAGCAGAUUGUCUUACCUUUAAAAUUCAAUAUUUUAUUUGACCAAAUAGGUUGUAAUAAAACAGAUUCGGUAGAAAAGGCGGGUAUUUUGGUUUGGGUAUCAUCUUUACAUAAAUUAUGGCAUACAAAAGCUUACUUGUAGAACUCUGGAAAGUUAUUAAUUAUACCAUAGUCUUUGGCAACCGUCUCAUUUGUUUUCAUCAGAUAUUCGAUAUCAAUUUUUGUAGCCUUACAGAAACUGUUCAAAAAUGUUUAAUAUUGUAAUCUGUACUAAUCAAGUGUGGAAUUCACAUAGCUUUUAGGGCCGUAAAUUUAGAUUCUAUAUCAAUAAGGCCUAUUCCUCCCUCAUAUACUUCUCCUAUGAUUGUAUUUCUUUUGUUCCUAUCUGUUUUAUUCCACAUGAAAUUAAAUAUAAGCCUUUUAAGAUUUUUUUUAUGAAAUCAUUGUCUAGUAUUUCCAAAAUGCUAGCUACCUAUAAAAGUUUAGAGAUUGCUAAUGUGUUUAUUAUUAUAGACAAUGAAGACAAACAGAAUAAUGCAUGUGAUAUUUUUAUUUUGUGAUUUGGCGAUUGUUGCCACGACCUACAUGAUACACAAAAAAUGUAUAUAUAUCAUGAUUUUAUAAUAAACGUUAUAAUCAAAUAAUCCUUAUUCCUUAAUGCAUAUUAAAAAUAAACCUUAUCCUUAUAAACCUUAUCCUUAUAAUCCUUAUCCUUAUAAACCUUAUCCUUGAAAUCCUCAUUCUUAUAAACCUUAUCCUUAUACUCCUUAUCCUUAAAAAUCCUUAUUCUUAUAAACCUUAUAAACAGUGACAACAUUCAUACUGGUACUGGGUGAGCACUUACUCAGCAGAAGUUGUUUAAAUAUCUAAUAACAGGCGUCUCGAAUAAGCGCUUUUCUAAAUGUCUUAACGUGUAGGCCGUGACGGGUAGAACUUUGACCAUUCAAAUUUUGCACACAACUAGAAUGUCUCUUAUAUCUCCAAAGUCUCAUAACACACAAAUGUCUCAGCCUCACUUCUAGCUGUGUCCCUCUGAAACGAAUAAGAAAACUUCGGCAGAACAUUGAACAAAAAGCCUAUAUA